CUACUCUUCUCUACUUCUACAGUUUCAUGCUAUGACAAUUGCAAAGUGCGUUAGUGCCACCUACUGGAACGGAUGUGUCAUUAUUUUUAAGAAUCCUGAGUCCAUCGAUCACUUUAACUGCUUGAAUGCAUGCAGGUCAUUAACAGCCUUGAAGUGAUGUUUAUACAAAGGUUUGAGUGUUCAAGAGACAUGUCUAAUUUGAAAUUAUGAUGUUGGUCUUGUCGACUGUCAGACGAUAAAACAGUCAACAACUGUAAACACUGCUGAGACUGCUCCUUACUCGCUACAAAGUAAGCAGAAUCGCUGCGGACCAAGGAAAACAGCAAUGGCGUGCAGCUGUUGAAGUCUGAAAUCUUGUAUGUUAUGAAUCCCUGGGACCCCAUUACUUACACAGUGACACCUGCUGCUAAGAUUUUAGCAAGAUGUGUAACAUCAGGCACCAUGACACAGGAAGAGCUUGAUGCUGUCCCACGGGAAUCAGAAGUAUUUUCCUCAUCUUUACUUGAAGCUGAGCAGCUCAGCAGAAUUAGACAUGAUCUUGAUCAGACUAAUUUAGAUUUAGAGCUGCUGAGGCUGGAAAGAGACGGUGCAGACGUCACUCACAGUCAUUACCUCAGUCAAAGGUUUGCUUCCUUGCAACAGUUUACUUCCCACCUUCAGGAAGUGUUGCGAGAACAGACAGUCCUGCGAGAGAGACUUACAAAGCCACUGUGUCAGCAGAACCUGCCCAUUCCGGCUGAUCUUCACAGAUAUGUGGUAGAGCUCAUGGGGAUGGUGGUGGAGUUUAUUCAGAACUUGGAAGUGAAAAUUAAGAUGGUUCGAGCAAUUCCAAACACUGAAAGUUAUCUGAGUAAUCUGAACAAUGGCAGAACUCAACUGCUCGCUCAGGUCACUGAGGUCGAGAACCUGUACAAGCAAGUUCUUAAGCGACGAGGACAUUCACAGACACGUCUAUUUGAUAAAGAUUUUCAGAAUGAAAAUCACUCACUGUUUGUUCAGGAUACUAGUGGACAGUAAAAUGAUAAAAUGAACUAAUUACAAAAUCAUUGACUAGAUUUAGUAUACAUUUUUACAUUUGUAUUUUCUGUAUACAUCUAACUAUAAGCUUUCAUAUUUUGUUUAAUAUUGUCUGUAUUCCGUGUACCUAGUGGUUGGUGACAAGGAACUUCGAUACAUUAGAGAGAACAGAUUUAUGGAGUAUAUUCUGCGGCAGUAUGUAAAUUUUCAGGCACGUUUCAUUUUUUGUAAGAUUUUCUUUUAUAAUAAUAAUAAAUAAAUGUUCCACA